GUAAGUGUCCAGCAGUUGCCGACAGAGGCCUCCCCAGGGAGAGGUGCUCCGGUGACCUGCUUUGCACAAGAACGAUCCCUAACCCUCCCCUCCGAGCAGCAUUUGCUGAAAAUAGACCCUUGUGGCACGAUUUUCCUAAGAAUCUGGCGGGGGGGGCGAGGGGGAGAGAAGAGAGAACGGAGAUGGCUACUUUCUAGCCAGUUGGCAGGGAGGACAGAGCGCAUGCGUGGAGGGCCCGUGCUGCCCGGAGAGGCCUUCUUGGGGCACUUCUGCCUGGAGUGGCCAGCGAGGGUGCUGACCAUGAGACUCUAAACUCAGCCCUUGGCCACCCUGGAGGCACCACUAUGCCUGGUCCCCAGCCCCCCAGAGCACCGCAGGGGGAAAGCCGCGACAGCGUCCCUGCCACCAUGGGCAUGCUCAAGAGCCUGGCCCAGAGCUGUACCUCAGCACAGACUGCUGGAUGGAGGAAGAUUUUUUGCAAGCCAUGGACAAUCACCAGGAGAAGCCAGGAGUCCGCAGAGACCCUGCCCUGCGAGCAUGCCAUGCCUGGCCUCCAGAGCCCUGUGGUGUUGACCCCAGGCCCCAAGACCACCAGGAGGCGCCUCCUGCUCUUCAGGAACUGGCUGGUCACCACCAAGCAGAGGUCUACCAAGAGCUUCAGAUCCAAAGAGAAGCUGCCUCUCUCUGACUUGCAGGCAGCGUCCUGGGACAGAGAGGAACUGCUGGAUGAUGCCUGUGAUCUCAUUCCCAGUCGAGGAAAUUCUCCCUUCCUCCCCGUGGCCUUGGACCCUUGUGUCACAGAGUUUCACGCACCCGAGAUAAAAGCACUCUGGCCAGAGACCCUCCGAGGACAGAGCCAAGGUCCCUCAGAAGUGAAAUCCGUCCCUAAAAAGCCAGCCCAGAUACCAAUGAGGUUGAGAAGCAACUUCGAUGCGUCAAAAACACUAAGUGCCAGUAACAUGGAGACAUUAAUUGAAUGUCAGUCAGAGGGUGACAUCAAGGAACAUCCCCUGUUGUUGGCAUCAUGUGCGAGUGAAGACAGCAUUUGCCAGCUAAUUGAAGUUAAGAAGAGAAAGAAAGUUCUGUCCUGGCCCUUCCUCAUAAGAAGACUGUCCCCUUCGUCAGAUUUCUCUGGGACUUUGGAGCCAGACUUGAAAGUGUCACUGUUUGAUCAACCCUUGUCAAUUAUCUGCCAAGAGAACGGCGCCCUGCCCAGACCCAUUCAGGAUAUUCUCGCUAUCCUCUGCCUUAAAGGCCCCUCGACUGAAGGAAUAUUCAGGAAAGCAGCCAGUGAGAAAGCCCGCAAGGAGCUGAAGGAGGCGCUCAACUGCGGGGGAACCGUGGACCUGGAAGGGCUGCCCGUACACCUGCUGGCCGUGGUCUUCAAGGACUUCCUCCGGAGCAUUCCCCUGAAGCUGCUGUCCUGUGACCUCUUUGAGGAGUGGAUGGGUGCCCUGGAGAAGCAGAACGAGGAGGACAGAAUUGAGGCCCUCAAGCAGGUUGCAGAUCAGCUCCCCCGACCCAACCUCCUGCUGCUCAGGCACCUGGUCUACGUGUUGCACCUGAUCAGCAAAAACUCCGAGGUUAACAAGAUGGACUCCAGCAACCUGGCUAUCUGCAUCGGCCCCAACAUGCUCACCCUGGAGAAUGACCACAACUUAUCACUGGAGGCCCAGAGAGACUUGAACAAUAAGGUAAAGACAUUGGUGGAAUUCCUCAUUGACAACUGCUUUGAGAUAUUCGGGGAGAACAUUCCAGCUCAUUCCAGCAUCACUUCUGAUGACUCUCUGGAACACACCGACAGUUCAGACAUGUCGACCCUGCAGAACGACUCAGCCUACGACAGCUAUGAUCCUGACUUUGAACCCACCAGUGCCAUCCACAAUCCCAGCAGGCAGCCCCAGGUUCACACAGCCAUGGCUGCCGGUCUGGACAGCAGAGGGCCCCAGGACACCUAUGAGUUAAGCCCAGAGCCCAUUGUGAGCACAGUAGCCAGACUGAAACGCUCCAUCAACCAGGCAGACAGGAGGUUCUCAGAACCCAGCAUGCCACCCUCACAAGAGUGCCUUGAGAGCCGGAUGACAAACCAAAAACUAACCAAAAGUGAGGAUGACUUCACCGCGCCCCAGGCCAGCCCUCAUUUGGAAAGCGAGGACACGGAAGACCCAUUUCCAGAGGAGGUCUUCCCUGCAGUAGAAGGCAGAGCCAAGAGACCAGUGGACCUGAUGAUCAAGAACUCAACCCAGAGUUUGCCUUUGCUGCAGGGAGCAGGACCCAAAGCCUUCUCCAGCGGCUCCCUGGGUGGGUCCUCUGACAAUUCACCAUCAGCUUCUCCUUCCUGUCCCCAAAAAAAUUUCUUCACCAGACACCUUUCUUUCACCAUGAAGACGGAGAAAAGCAAGCCCAGCAGAGAGAUCAAAAAGCACUCCCUGUCAUUUUCCUUUGCCUCUCACAAAAAAGUGCUGCCCAAGACCCCGAGCGGUGAGACUGGGAAACCCAAAGACUUCACCAGAGACCAAGUCAAGAAGGGCGUGAGAAAAGAAAGUCAGCUUGCUGGAAGGAUCGUCCAGGAGGGCAGGCCUGACGUCUACAGCCAAGCAGCUGCAGGCUGCGGCUUGCCACCUAGGGCCCCCUCAGUCAAUGACGUGUUCCAGAUGGUUGACCAGAGGAGCCCAGGAAGCCCGCCAUCUUAUGAAGAGGCCAUUCAGUGCCAGGCGUCUGGACUCUUAGCCUAUGGCAGCCAGACCGUGGGAAGUAUGCGGGCGAGAAUGCUGAGCCAGGACUCCAUGCCGCCGCCUCUUCUGCCUUCUCACCAUGGAGGAGGCUCCAGGAUUGUCUGCCAUGAAGAAGCACUUAGUGGACGCAGCCUGUCUUCCAUGACUGAGUGUUGGGAACAGGGUGGGACUGCGAGUCCCUCUGGGGAAACUCCAGGGCCUGGAACCACACCGGGGAGGCCUGAGCUUCCCAGGCUCAGGACUGUGUCCGAGUUUAUGCAGAAGGACAAGCGGGACUAUCUCCGGCGACGAUGCAGCCAGCCCAUCUUUGAGGCUGACCAACUCCAAUAUGCUAGAGAAUCCUACAUUUAGGAAGGAAGGCCAUCGGCCAUGACUCGCUGGUGGCAUCUCUGUAAAUAUGUAACUACAGAAAGAACUGCUUGUAGAUUGUCUUCAAAAAAGUCAUGAAUAAGCUCUUUCAGAAAGUUGUGUAGAGCCCUGCAGGAGGACAGCGUCACGGUGGCACUUCAGAGAGUUUCUGUGCAUACCUGGAUUUGUGCAAUAUGUAGCAAAUGUAUUAUAGACAGGUGUUAGGUACAAGGACUGUACCUACCCAAUGCCUGAAUGCAUUUAUUUGUGUAUUUGUGGUACGUUGCUAUUCUUUGCCCCCCGCCCCCCGGGGCAUAUUUUUGUGGGUUAGUGUUUUAAAAUCAUCUUUGCUUUUUUUAAUGUUUCCUCAAAUGUCAUGCCAAUUUCACAAUUUCCACCAAUUCCAUCUAGGGAAAAAUGUUUGACUCGUCAGUGUAUAUUUACUAAGGAGGUUUGUUUGUUAACUAACCACAGCAGAAGACAGAAAUGGAGUCCAGCGUUCAGAGUUGUCAAAAAACAUUAGAAAAAAGACCAUAAAGAAAAUUACGAAAAUACUUAAGUAAGUCCUUUUAAGGACUAUCUAAUUAAAUUAGGAUAGAUUAGUGGAAACACAUUACAUCAAUAUUAACUCACUUAGAGCACUUUGAGUUUUCUUUGUAGUUCAAUGGUGUCAUGCAACAGUUUGGAGGUAAAUUAUUUUAUAUACAAAACUUCAAUGUAAUUUCACUACAAUAAAUUACCUUUCUUAUUUGCAA